AUGGCCUACGCAGUGCACCACCAGAGGGUGCCUGCCAGUGGCUUUACGCAUGGUGUGGCAGCUUGCUUCGUGCGGCAUGGCGAGAAGGAGGCACAUGCGUGCUGGCCUACCACGCGGGGCCGUUUGCUAUACCAUGCGGUCCUGGCACGCGACGAUGUGCUUCGCGUGUUUGAGGUCCGUGUGCCAUCGACGUCGGCCACUGAAAGCUCGCCGCAGUUGGUCCAAGUACGUAUGCACCGCCUCUUUGGUGAGGUGACAGGGAUACGUACUGUACGUACGAUUGCGUCGUUGGUGGAUGGACGAGACCGGGUUCUCCUUUCUUUCCGCGAUGCGAAAAUGGCACUUAUGGAAUGGGACGACGCUUACGGCGACUUGAAUGCCGUAUCGCUACAUACGUUUGAGCGUGCGGAGCAACUUUCUGCUGGGCUUCCGUCGAUGUUUGUCCCAUCCCUGCAAGUGGAUCCUGCGAGCCGUUGUGCUGCGCUUUUGCUCCCUCACGAUGCCAUUGCCCUUGUACCUCUGUACCAAGACCCUGCUGAACUGGGCGUGGAAGAAGGGCAGGAUGCGUCGCUUCUCUCGCAGAUUCCGUACGCGCCCUCGUUCAUUAUUUCCGUGACCGAGGACGUGGAUGCGUCGAUUCGCAAUAUACGUGACAUGGUCUUUCUUCCCGGCUUCCAGAAACCGACAUUGGCCGUGUUGUACGAGCCGCAAUUAACGUGGACCGGUAGCUUAUCGCGCGCCAAAAAGACGAUGCGUGUGAGCCUUGUGACGCUGGAUGUGGCUAGCACUAUGUAUACCGUGACCGUCACAAGUGAAUGGUUGCCCUACCAUGCCCUAUACCUGGUCGCCUGCCCUGAAUCCUUGGGCGGUGUGAUGAUUGUGACGCCUUUUGCGCUUUGGCAUAUGGACCAAACGGCACGUAUGGUCGGCUUAAGUACCAGUGCAUGGUCCGAAAAGACAUGCGACACGCCUCUACGCCACGAUCCUGAUUUGGAGGACGUGGAUUUACAAGGGUCUACGUUGACAUUUACCGACGCAACGCAAGGUCUUCUUCUUUUGGCCUCAGGCGAUGUGUAUGCCUUUCAAUGUGCUGUGGAAGGCCGAACAGUGACCUCGCUCUCGCUUACGCGCGUCGCGGGAGAGCGGCAGGCGAGUGCGUCGUUUGUCACAUCGAUGCCAGGCGGCUACCUCCUGUGUGGAUCCGUCCAACAAGAUACGUGUUUGUAUACCUUGGAGACUGUGCUUAGCGACGAGGCGCCUCUGCCUGUAUCUGAACCCCCCAUGGACGAGGACGAAUUGGAUCUGUAUGGCGAGUCGUUGGCUGCGCCGGCCCUUACGACGACGCAUCGCCGAACGGCCUUGAUGCGCCUUCGUGUUUGCGAUGCGAUUCCUACUCUGGCGCCUGUCCACGGUAUUGCUACUGGGUCGCUACGUGACGCUAUGGGCCAUGUCCAGGUGCAUACAAUUGUCGCUACGCAGCAGGGCCUUGUGACGUACGAGCCACGUGUACGCUAUCGCCGUCUACAUACGAUUGCGCCGGCGCAGGAUGUAUGGAGUGGUCUGGCUGCCGAUUCUUUGCCUCUGCUGCUCAUCGCGUCUGACGACGAAGACACGCUGGUGUAUGCCCUAGAAGCGCCUACGCCGCGGUUCCUCGCGCAGCUGACCGAUCGCACUGUGCACUGCGGCACCACCACAGGUGGGCUGGUCCGUGUCACGACACGCGAGGCGCAAGUGCUAUCGAGGCAAGGCGCGAUUGUGUCUACGUUUGGCGCGCGCGACGGCGUGACGAUUGUAUCGGCCCACGUCAUGGAGGCCUAUGCGGUGCUUGUAGGCUCCGAUGGGCUUGCGUCUGUGUGGCAGUAUGCCUCUGCCUGGACGCACCUCGCCGAUAGGCAGGCGACGCAUGCUGUCCUGUGGAUGGAUCCUACGCAAACAUGGGGCCAUGCUGCAUGGCUCGCUACCGUGUCGCAGGAUGGGCAUCUGACGCUUUCUUCGCUGCCGGCGUGUGAACCGCAAUGGACCUGUACGUCGUUGGGUGUCUUGCCUUCGCGUCUUGACGACGGCGGCGUGGCGACACAGGAGCCUCUUCAUGUUGCGCACAUCGCGCUGUGUGAGAUGGGCGAUGUGCCUAUGUUGACGGUGCAAUAUACCAAUGGACAACUGGCCGUCUACGAGGCGCGUCUCUCUACCUCGACAUGGGACUUUGUGCGUGUGGAUGCACGCAUGCUUAGUGCGCCGGCGCAUGCACUCCUCCCGUGGCGAAGUAGGGACGGUCAUCGUGGGCUAGCCGUAGCAGGGGCCGAUGCCAUGCUUCUUCUCCGCGAUCGCUUGUCGCCGGUGCUCCAGUGGGAAGCUGACAUGCCCUUUGCCUCCCUCUGUGCGCAUCCCACCGAGGCCGCCGUCUCGAUCCUCGUAGACGACGGCUACGCCGUGCUCGUCACGUGGCAUGCGUGCCAGAUGGAUGCUCCUGUGCCGUACACGCGCUGGUCCACUGGGCGGCCGUACACGCAUGUGGGUGUGCACGACGAAACAGCGUGCUUGGUAGCUGCGUCUGUCCAGCCUACGGCGUUUGUGCUGUACAACGACGAAGAUGUGCCUGUGCAGGACCCCGCCUUGGAUCCUACGCCUACGUACACAGGCCAAGGCGCGCUGGAGCUCUUUGCGCGUCUGGGCGAGCCGCCCGUGCAUGGCUACGAAUUUGAGGCCAACGAAGUGGUGUUGGCCUUGCACAUGGCGCCGUUGGACUGCUUGGAUCGUGGGACGGGUCGACGAGCUAUGGUCGCGGUGGGUACCAUGUCGUGGUACGGUGAGGACCGCACCACGCGCGGCCACAUGUACGUCUUUGACGUAGUGGAGAGCGUGCCGACAGCGACCAGUGCGCCUGGCGAUGCCAUGCGGCUCCGUCUGCUCUGCCGCGAGGAAAUGCGGGCGCCUGUGACGGCUUUGCAUGAUAUGCAUGGCUUCCUUGUAGCGUCAGUCGGCCAGAAACUGCUGAUCCGCUCGUUGGAGUAUAGCGAGUGGCUCGUGACGAUCGCAUUUAUGGACACAGCCUUCUACACGACCGACAUCCAGCGUGUGAAGAACUUUUUGCUGCUGACCGACUACCACAAAGGCGCCUACUUUGUCGCGUUCCAGGAAGAUCCAGCGCGCCUUGUGUUCUUGGGCCGCGAGUAUGUGCCUACAUGUGCCCUGCAAGGUGCCUUGCUCAUCGAUCGCUCAAAGCUUGCGCUGGUCACUUGCGACCCUACCGGGUGCAUUCGGCUCCUGGACUACCAACCCUCGAACCCGACCAGCUUAGGUGGUCAGCGCUUGCUGGUGCGAUGCGAAUACCAUACCGCGGGGGAAGUGGCACAGACGCUGGUCCUCCAUGGCCCUCGUCUCGCUUCGUUGGGCGAAUGCUUCACCUCGGAAAUCUUGCUCGCAAAGCACAAUGGCGCGCUGGAUAUUCUCGUGCCUGUCAACGAACGCAUCUUCCCUACGCUGCAGCUCUUCCAGAGCCAGUUGGUCCGCACGGUGCGCCAUACGGCCGGGCUUCAUCCACGUGCUUUCCGUGCCGUAUGGAAUGAUCGCACCUCCCGGCCCCUUGCGAAGGGCAUUCUCGACGGCACCCUGCUGCAUACCUCCGAAUGCAUGUCGCGCCCUAAGCUCUUGGACUUGGUUCGCGACCUGAGUCCCCGCACAGGGGGCGUCAUCGCCGACGAUGUUCUGCGCUGUCUUGUGCAUUUACAGCCGCAUUGGUAG